AUGGAAAACACCCGUUGCUUUGCCAACUGUUUCGCCGACUACAAAGGUGCGUUUCUCGUAGGUCAAGGCGUCGAAUCGGUGGUACCCACGGCCAAUGCCUUUAUAGAGAAGAUUCUUAACAAGGUGCCACUCGGAUCCACUGACUGCGAUGGUGGGCUAUACGACGGUCCCACUGGGGUGGUAUACAUGCUGUACCAUGUCUCCGAAUGUGCUUUGUUUUCCGACCAUAGGGAUACUUAUCUCAAACCCUCAAAGCAGAUCAUUGACGUGUCUGUUGGGUACGUGGAUGGGGAGAAGGACACAAACAUGCAGGCCUCCUUUCUCCUCGGCGGGGCGGACAUCUAUGCCGUUGCCGCGAUGGUGUACAAAGCCCUGGGCUUGGCGGACUUCGUCAAGCCGCUUACCAAAUUUCGGAACCUGUGGAAGAUAUGCUCACCCAUCAAUUUCUUGGAGUGCGGCUCUGACGAGCUGUUCGUGGGGCGGGCGGGGUACCUGUGCGCUGCCCUGGUGCUGAAACAGAAACUGGGGAUAGAGAUUCUUAGCAAGGAUCAGAUCCAGGCCAUUUGCCAGGCUAUCAUAGAGUCUGGUAAACCGUAUGCCACAAGGAAGAGAAAACCCUUUCCUCUCAUGUACUCCUACUAUGGGACUGAGUAUUUGGGUGCGGCCCAUGGCCUGUCGUCGGUGCUGCAGAUGCUGCUGUGUUACCAGGAGGUGCUGAAUGGAGACAGGGAUCUGGUCUGGCAGAGUGUGGACUUCCUCAUGAACCAGGAGCAGAACUGUAACUGGCCAGCCGAGCUGGGAGCCAUGACAGAGAGGGAGAAUUAGCUGGUGCACUGGUGCCAUGGAGCCCCAGGUGUAGCCUACCUCUUUGCCAAAGCCUACCUGAUCAAUAGGAAGCCCCAGUACCUGGACACAUGCAUCCGCAGUGGGGAGCAGGUGUGGCAGAAGGGCCUGCUGAAGAAAUGUCCAGGGAUCUGCCAUGGGGUGGCAGGCAGCGCCUCUGUCUUCAUGUUACUGUACCGCCUCACAGGGAACUCCAAAUACAUCUACCGUGCUCAGAGGCAUGGAGGCUCAUUCUCCGCACACAUGAGCGCAAUGCGAGUUCACCGCGCCACCUACCGGUCCUUUCCGGAACAACACCACUAG